CGUCAGAGGUCCUAUGGCAGGGAAGGGGAGAAAACGGUGCUGGGAAGGGGUAAGGGCCAGGACAAGGGACAGGGGAGGGAGGUGGGGGGAGCCUGCCCGUCACGGGGGAGCAGGGAAGGCCACUGGCAGCAGAUGGGCAGGCCCAUGACUUCCCUGGGCGCCCAGCUCCACAGGGCUGCGUUCCUGGCAGCCGUCCUGCUGCUGCUGCGGAUGAAGGGGGUGAAGCCUCAGAAAGCGAGCCCAGCCCCCAGCGAGAGGCGUCAGGAAGAGGAAACGCCGGCUGCCGACCAGGAUCGAGAACAGUUUGAAGAGCACUUCGUGGCCUCCUCGGUGGGUGAGAUGCGGCAAGUAGUGGACAUGGCCCAGCAGGAGGACGACAGGACAUCAAAGACGGCGGCUCUCCGGGACCACCUGUUUGACUUCACCUUCUGCUUUAACCUGGCCAGCAUCAUGGUUUUUUUAUGAGGGAUGCUGAGGCGGAGGUGGCGGCCUGGUUCCUGGAUGAGGACCUGGAUAUCUACCUCCGCUUCAUGAUAGCGUACUGACCAU